AUGGCCGAAAUAAGAAGAAAGCUUGUUAUUGUUGGUGAUGGUGCUUGUGGUAAAACUUGUCUGUUGAUCGUCUUCUCAAAGGGUACCUUCCCUGAGUUUUAUGUUCCCACCGUAUUUGAAAAUUACGUAGCUGAUGUCGAAGUUGAUGGAAAACACGUGGAAUUGGCUUUAUGGGAUACAGCAGGCCAAGAGGAUUAUGAUCGUCUUCGACCCUUGUCAUACCCUGAUUCUCAUGUUAUUUUGAUUUGUUUUGCUGUUGAUUCUCCCGACUCUUUGGAGAACGUUCAAGAAAAGUGGAUUUCUGAAGUCCUCCAUUUCUGUCAAGGUUUACCUAUUCUUUUGGUUGGCUGUAAGAAAGAUUUGAGAAAUGAUCCUGCAACAAUUGAAGAGCUCAGAAGAAACUCCCAAAAGCCUGUUGGCUCUGAUGAGGGUGCUUUGGUUGCGCAAAGAAUCAGUGCUUACAAGUACCUUGAAUGCUCUGCCAAGACCGGUGAAGGUGUUCGUGAGGUAUUUGAACAUGCAACAAGAGCUGCAUUGAUGGUUUCAAAGAAGAAGAAGUCCAAGGGUUGCACUGUUUUGUAA